CACUGGACCACGCACUGUGUACGAGCUGAGCCACAAGCCAAGCGGUGCUGUUGUGUCCUAUUCUCAUUACCACUACCAGUUUUGACAAUAUGCGUCGUGUUUGUAUUCCUCCCUCGUUCCACGAUGCCCGAUCCACAACAAACCAAUCCACCACACCCACACCCAUACAAUUCAGACAUAUAAACCGCGAUGCAGCUCAUACUCAUGGUCUUUCCAACAUCACACCCACUGUCGAUUGCCUUGUCAAAUCAUGCCGUUCAACACGCUACCAUACCACAUUUCAUCCCAAUUUCCCAAGCCGUUCGAGAAAAACUCUCGUCGGCACCUCCUUGAAAUUGACUUGGAGAUCAGGAUGCGCAACAUGAUGAAGUUACUUCCGAAUAGCCCUGGUGUUCUCCCCCCGCCAAGCACUACUAUUCGUAACGCUUGGAAUCUUAAGCCUAACAAGAAAGUCGGCACGAUCCCGCCGCAGGCGCGCGGGGAUGUUAUGUUCCGUCGCACGCCACCAACCACAAUGGACGCUUCUUUCACUGUCGUCAAUGAUACUUCAUCUCUUAUACAUGGGACAUACACUCCUACUCCACACACAUGCAUGGACGAUGUUUCCUCGAGCAAGGUUGCUGGACGUUAUCAGCCUAAGACAGAGGGAAAGUUCUCACUCAAAACUAACAGUCCUAAGCAAAACGCAUUGUCUCCGAACGACCAGCACUAUCCCGCAAAUACCGAAAACAGUCGUGUCACACAAUCUGGCAAAUCCUCGAUCUAUGCGGAAGGGUUUAGAAAAAUUGUCGAAGCCAAAAUGGCAGAACUCCGAGUUCAUGGCUUGGAUUUCGUUGUCGAAAGUCUGCUGACCGACGGAGCGCAGCAUGUUGACUCAGCGCUGCUUGUUUCUAUGGUAGUGCAAACGAUGCUAAUCAAGCUGACGAAGGAAUCGCCGAAACAGAUAAAAGGUCUCGAGAGGAUCUUACGCGUGCGCGCUAUGAACAUGUUUCGCCUACACUGGAAAUCAGACGGCCACUGGAAGAACAUAUGCUCCACAUCUGGUCAAUACUCUGCCCUCACGCUGAAAGGAGUAAACAAGGCUGGCCUUCUUGGAUCACUCUUCUCUGCUAAUAUCGUCACAGCCGAUGACAUCGCCAUUUGCUUGUUCAUGCUAUUAGAAGACAUACACUUUGACCGUCUGUGCGCCAUACACGCUCUCCUCUUAUACGCAGACAACAGAUUGUGCGAUCCACAAAAUCUGCCAGUAUUACUCAAGCUCAAAGAAAAGUUGCGCGUCGUCGAUCCGUUAACUAACUUGUGUCUGCGGGGUCCGGUACCACAUUCCCAAGCCCUCGUCCAGAAAAUCUUUGAUAUCAUUGAAGGCUGGAUGAUUAACAUUGUUCACGCAUACAAGCGCGAACAAGGUCGUAUUUUUGCGGGAUCAUACCCAACUUGGAAGCCUCCUUCGAACGCCAUGGGCCCACGACUACGUAGAAUGAGAAACGAAGCCUAACGCUCGAGAUGCUAUCGCACAGGUUGCGCUGACAUAUUGUAAAUAUAUGAUGUACCUUCAUGUUUGUCUGUUCUCUCGAUCCAAUCAAGUCAUAUUUGUAUACCAAUGUUAAAUUCAAAGUAGUUCAUGAGC